ACAGGUUCUGGCGCUGAUACAUAAGCUCCCAAGUUUCUCAUAUCCUUGCGGGAGAGGUGUGAAUGAUUAACGGUUCCCCGCUUGCCGGCCUUCAAUAAAGGCGGCCCACCCCACACCCGCCCAUCUCCUCCCCCGUUUCCAUCUACUUGGAUAUUAGGUACAUAUAACGGCUGGUUACUACCCUACGAAUUCGAUAUUCAGUCACUACGACGGCCCCCACGAUGGCCUCGCCGACGUCGACAACAUCAACGACAACAUCGACAUGGACGGCACCGACAGGAUAUGCGGCGUUGAUAGCCAUAUCACAGGGACAGGCGGCGGGAAUGCAUGCUUUCCCGAAGGGAUUCAUACCACCGAGCUUCUUUGAAGGAUACGUGCCGGAAAAUCGACAAUCCGAGAUCUUGAUCGUAUGCGUCGUAUCGAUGAGCAUCACUCUGGUCGUGGCGAUAGCAAGGCUGGUGACGAGGAGGAUCGUGUCUGGCUGGUUGGGGAUGGAUGAUUGGAUGAUUAUACCCGCUACGUUAUUCGCCGCUGGCUUGACCGUGAACAACAUUUGCACAGCAUAUGUUGGCGGACUCGGGAAGCAUGGAUGGGACGUGACAUACAAAGAAGCUGUUGAAGGAACCAAGUUGAUCAUUCCUCACGCGGUCAUAUACGCAAUAGCAAUUUUCUUCGUCAAAAUGUCCAUCAUAUUCUUCGUACAGCGUUUAGCCGGACCGCACUGCAAACCGGGACUUCGAUACACCAUCUACGGAUACUUUGCCUUCCACAUAGCCUUCGCCCUCAGCUGCGUCUUCGCCUACGUCUUCCAAUGCUCUCCCGUCGCAUCUGGCUUCAACCUCUCCUUGCGACUGCAUCCGGAUUCGACAUGUCUCGACUACGGCCCAUUCUACUACAUCACCUCGGGAAUCCAUGUGGUAUCGGAUGUGGCACUGCUGGCCCUGCCCAUCUGGAUGGUGGUCGGCCUGCAAAUGUCGUGGCAGAAGAAGAGCGCCGUCGUGUUGAUGUUCUGUCUCGGAGGAGUGGCGUGCAUCUGCUCCAUGGUCAGGAUGGUGUACAUUCCGAAAUGGACAAGCUCUUAUGAAGCCUCUUGGGACGGAAUUGACCCAACAAUCUGGGGCCAACUGGAAGCCACCAUCAGUAUCACCACUGCCUCCCUCCCGUCGUUAAAAACGCUCUUCGGUCGCGUCCUACCGGGCCUUCUCAGCAGUGCCGUACGCUCCGAAAAGGAGCGCAGCGGCGGCGGCGGCGGCGACACCAGCGAUGCCGAGGGGACACGAUCCCGCACGCGCGACUCUCUCAGCGAUCUCUUCCGGCGGCAAAGUUUCCAGCGGCGGUUAUCGAAGCCGCGGCGACCAUCGAAUACGAUUCCGCUAGAGUCAUUAACGGAAGUCAACACCCCGCCGCCGCCGACGACGCGGAUGCCCGGCGCCGCGGUGCUGAAGGAUGAGCGCUUCUCUUUCAAUAGCUAUGUGGAGCUGGUAAACACCGAGAAGGACAUGACCAGGAGACCGCCUGGCACGCCGACGAGAGAGGAGCUCGAGCUUGAGCAGCGGUCGAAGGAUUAUCGCAUGACAAAUGAUCAUACACAAUGGCUAUAGGCAUUACAUACUCGCUCGUUAUGAUUGGCAUCUGUUUACUUUUGGUUUUUGGCUUGUUUUAUGGCGCACUACGGGCAUGGGGCUGGAUUGGAUGCAAUGGGUGUUUUUAUUUCUUUCAUGGCCUAUGGAAUUUUCUCUUCUUUUUUCUUUCGUUUUCACUGUUUGAAAUAUGGGGCAGUAUACUACACACACUCAUAUACAUUACGGGGUUUUGAUUCUGGCAUCACGUCACGACGAUGAGC